AUGUUCUUAAAUGCAGGAAUCAGGCUUACCCAGAAUCUUUGGCGUUCUUCUAGUUUUAAGCAUUCCUGCAUAGGGAACAUAACUGUCCCCAAGACAUCUAUUCUACGAUGCCUGGCAACAAGUCCAGGCCAAACACUACAGCUUAAAACCGACGAACUGGACAUUUUAAUGCCACGCGAACGUCCCGAGUCAAUUUCAUAUUUUACCGCAAAACCUACAUAUAAUGAUCUACUAAUACAACUUAACGAACUGGUGACGAAAUAUAAAAAUUAUAAAACGGCGAAACGUGACGACAAGAAUAUCUCUUUGUGGAAGCUAAAAAACCGAUUAGAAGUAGAUUUGGGAGUGGAAUUAAAAUUUAACCAAUAUGAUAUAAUAACAAAAAUGUUGCACCGUCUAGAUGCAGUCGUUCCAGAAUCAGCGCCUGAAUUACAUGAGUUCCUGGAUCUAUUUAGACGACAGGAUCCAGAAAAAGCAAAAAAAGAAUUGCAAGCAAAUAAAAAGCUGGAUGAAUAUCAAAGGGCGUAUAGUGUUGGUAAAAGGAAAGAAGCUGUUGCGCAUGUAUGGGUCGUAGAGGGCGAAGGUCAGAUGAAAAUUAACGGAGAACCAUUAGUAGAUUAUAUGUCUUUGUUGGAGUAUCGCGAACGCAUCUUGAUGCCUUUUCAAGUGACUAAUUCGCUCGGAAAGUAUAAUGUGUGGAUCAGAGUUUUAGGAGGUGGUAUAUCCGGUCAAGCAGGCGCGAUUGCACACGGAAUUUCAAAAUGUCUGCUCAUACACGAUCCCGAUCUUAAACCAGCUCUGCGAAAAGCCAAACUUAUCACGAGAGAUUCUCGUAGAGUUGAACGAAAGAAACCGGGUCUUGCAAAGGCGAGAAAGGCGUAUACAUGGGUCAAGCGUUGA